AUGAUAGCCUAUCUAAAGAGUGCAGACGGCUUUUUUGUUCUGAAUAAAAGUACUACAAUUGGAAGGCAUGAGGAUUCAGAUCUUGUCUUAAAGUCCGCUGACAUUGACAACCACCACGCGCUCAUCGAAUACAAUGAUUCCGAGCACAGUUUCAUCCUCCAGGACUUCAACUCCCGCAACGGCACCUUUGUCAAUGACUGUCACAUUCAAAAUGUGGCUGUGAAGCUGCUACCUGGAGACAUCCUGAGGUUUGGGUCAAUGGGACUGACCUACGAGCUGGUCAUCGAAAACCCUUCCCAGGUCUCCUACCCGUGGGUGAGAAGCCCAAUGCCCUGGCCCAGGCCACAGCCACUUUGGACCUCACAGCAGCCGAACAAGUCACCUUCGCCACCCCAUUUCCCCUUCUACCAGGGCAUCCAGCAGAUGCCAGCACAGAGGAGCUGGUCCCAGGGCCUCCCCAGGUCCACCAUGGCCCAGCCCUGCCCCCACAAGCGGCCUGAGAGCACCGGCGGGAAGAUGUUCUCAUUUGUGGUGGACAAGACCCACAAGGUUCCCUUCAUCAAGCAAGUGUGGACUAACACUGUGGAUCUUCCUGAACAAGAAGUGUCUGAAAAGGAGUCUUACCUGGAUCAGAACCUGGCCCAACAGGAUAAGGAUGAAAUAAUCCUGCUUCUGGGGAAAGAAGUCACUCGUCUGUUGGAUUUUGAGAACGAAUCCAAAUACAAAGACACCGUGAUCGCCACCCUUAAGAACGAAGUGGCUGAAAUGACUCAGAAGCUGUCUGUGAUCACCACUCCCAGGCCGAGCGAGCAGAGGGCGUCACAGAAGCCUCAGGAUCCAGAUGAGGGCUUUGUUGUCAAGGAGAAAGAGAUCCAGAGCUUGCGAAGCCAGAUCAGUGCCCUGCAGAAAGGCUACAAUGAGGUGCUGCACCAGACCCUGUCCGAGCGGAACUCAGCGAUCACAGCCCUGAAGAACGAGGGGGAGAACUUAAGGAGGGACAAUGCCAUCACCGCAGAGAUGGUGUCAUCUUUGCAAAAGGACGUGUUAGCAAGGAAUGAGCAAGUCCACCAACUAAAACAGGAGGUGAUUCAACUUAAAAGUGAAAACAAAGAAAAGGAUCACCAGCUGGAAGUCCUAAAUUCCAAGUGCUCAGAGUUGAGAAAUGAGUUAAAAAAGGAAGAAUCCCAGAAGGAGCACAGGGAAGCCCAAGAAAAAGAAUUAAAACUCUGCAAAACUCAAAUCCAAGACAUGGAACAAGAAAACAAGAAACUCAAGGAGGAGCUGAAGAAGAGUUACGCUGAUAAUAACAUGAUCUCCAGGACACAGCGAGAAAAGAGCAAGGUUGAAGAGAAGCUUCAGGAGGAUUCCAGAAGGAAAUUACUUCAUCUGCAAGAAAUGGGGAGCAGAGAGAGCCUCAUUAAAGUCAAUUUGGAAAGGGCAGUAGGUCAGCUUGAGCAUUUCAGAAGCCAGGUUAUCAAGGCCGCGUAUGGACGCGCGAAGCCGUUUCAGGACAAGCUCAUCACCGAUCAACAGUUGAUUGAGAAAAUUACCCAGAUCACCGAGGAAAGCAUCUCCCUUCAGCAGAAAAAGUGGAUCCUGCAGAAGGAGACGCAGCUCAAGAACUCCAAGCAGGAGGAGGUCCUGGAGAACAUCGAGAGGCUGAAGACCUCCCUGGACAGCUGCCAGGACUGCAUGAAGAAGCCGUGUUGCAGCCUCGACCUGAAGAAGGAGGUCGACCUUCUUCAACACCUUCAGGUGAGCCCUCCAGUCUCGGAGCUCCAGAAGACGGCGCUGGACAUACUGAGCUUCCCACUGGCCUGGCUGGAGGAGACGGAGCAGCUGCUCGGGAACGUGGGGAUCCAGCUCUCCAGCUCCCACAAAGGUCACGAUCACCAGUCUACAGGAGAGACAGCAGACUUUGCUGCAGGAGAAGCUGCAGGAGCAUCUGACAGAAAAGGAGACGCUGUCCCGGGAGAGUUUUGAGCAGGAGGAGAAGCUGAAAGCCACGAUCAAGCUGCUGACCGAAGAGAAGAUGGUAAGGUUUUGGAGGAAAACAUUAUUCAAGAGAGAGCCAGAGCCAAGGAAGCAUUAGAGGGAGAACAGAAGAGGUUCCAAGAGCUGGAGAGUCACUUGACCUACCAGAAGGAGAUUUUGGAGAAAAACAUGGCCUAUGAGAAAAGGAAAACCAAAGAAGCCAUAGAGGCAGAAAGGAGAAGAGCCCAUGAUCUGGAGAACCACUUAACCCAGCAGAAGGAGAUUACAGAGAUCAACAUGGCCUACGAGAAAAACAAAGCAAAGGAGGCCCUAGAGAAAGAAAAGAAAAAGGUGCAAGAACUGGAAAACAGCUUAACCAAGCAGAAUGAGGAAUUAGAAUUAAAAACACAAAAAGAGGAAGCGUUAAACAGUAAGUUGAAUGAUGCCCUGGCCAUGGUGGAAGAGACCCAGAAAGCAAAGGCUGCCGAAAGUCUGAAAGUGGAGAACUUCCAGAUCAGAGUCAAUGAGACAUUAGCAGAACUGGAAACUACCAAGACAAAGAUGCUCAUGAUGGAGGAGCGAAUCCUGCUGCAACAGCAGACGAUAAAGAGCCUCCAGGAAGAGCAAGAGUCGCAGAAACACGGGUUUGAGAAGGAAAUUGUGGAAUACAAGGAGCAAAUCAAGCAGCACUCCCAGACGAUUGUGAGUCUCGAGGAAAGACUCCAAGCAGUGACGCAACAGCACAGAAAAAUAGAAGGCGAGAUUGCAGCUUUGAAGGACAAUGACCCAGCUCAACCGGAGGAAACACCGCCAGACCCUUCCGUGGCACCCCCUCCGGAGAGCAGUCCCAAAGAGGAUGAGUGCAACCACUUGAUAGAAGAUUUAUUGAAUGCUCAGAAGGAAAUCCUGUCCCAGCAAGAGGUCAUCGUGCGGUUGAGGAAAGACCUGACCGAAGCCCACUGCCGGAUGUCAGAUCUCAGGGGGGAGCUCAACGAGAAGCAGAAGAUAGAACUCGAGCGGAAUGUGGUGCUGGUCGAGCGGCAGAACAACGAGCUGAGCGAGCUCAAGGAGAAGAUAGCGCAGAUGACCAACCUGGUGGAAAGAAAGGACAGGGAGCUGGAGAUCCUCAAGGAGGCGCUCAAGGCUUCCCAGGAGAAACACAAACUCCAGAUGAGCCUGGAGAAGAACCAGAAGCCCAAGAACAAAGCCCAGAUGUGUGACAUCUCAGUGCAGAUGGAACCAAUCCACACAGAUGUUUACUUGAGCAGCCAGGAGGAGCAAUCCUUCAGUGAUCUGGGAGCCAAGUGCAAAGGGUCCCGACAUGAGGAAGUCAUUCAGCGGCAGAGAAAGGCCUUAUCUGAACUCCGAACACGAAUUAAAGAACUCGAGAAGGCCUGCUCACCAAAUUGCAGUGACCAACUGGAUGAAUCAACGCAAGAACCAAAGCCUCUCCGGAAGGAAAAGAAUGUCCAGAAAAUAUUCAUGGACACAAAGCCUGAUUUUUUAAGCAGGACUGUAAUGCUUGCUCCUCAAAACAUCAUUCCUAACUCAGGGCCCAUGCUGACCAUUGAGAAGCCAGGGAAAAUGGAUGUCGUUGAAGCUCUGGAUAUCAGUGAAAAGAUGUACAUGGACAUGACUAAAACGCUCGGGACGCUGAUGAACAUCAAGAAUAUGUCAGGCCACGUGUCCAUGAAAUACCUGUCCCCGAAAGAGAUGGAGAGAGUCAACCAGCUGCGGCAAAGAGACCUUAAUCAGGUGUUUGAUAAGAUUACCCAACUCAAGAGCCGGCUGGAGAGAAAAGAGGAGCUUCUUCGAGGCUAUGAGAAAGACAUCGAACAGCUCAGGCAGAGCAAAGUGUCCAUGCAGAUGUACCAGUCACAGGUGGCCAAGCUGGAGGAUGAAAUCUACAAGGGGGCAGAAGAAAAGGCCCUGCUGAAGGAGGCCCUGGAGCGUAUGGAGCAGCAGUUGUCCCAGCAGAAGAGGCUCAACAGGGCUAUGAGGCGGCAGAAGGCUGGAACCAGAAAAGCUGCCCCAAAGAUGGACCAAGAGAUGUUGAAGAAAGAACCACCGAACAAAUGCAACCAGAACCUCUUGUUUUCUAAGCCAGGAGGAAGGAACUAG